CGUGGCAAUGCUCUUACAGGAGGGAGCACGCCAAAUUUUCUUUUGGGGAAAACGGGAAAAAAUUAGAAACUUCAAAAGAACACCUCCUCUGAACUGUAAAUGGCGACUGAGGAACAAAAUAAACUCGAGUUAUUCCUCCAAUGGCUUCAGGUCAAUGGAGUCGAGUUACGUGGUUGCGAUAUCAAAUAUUGUGAUUCCACUAAAGGUUUUGGUCUAUUUUCCACAACUACUCCUUCUAAUGGAAUUUUUCUGGUUGCACCACUUGAUUUGGCUAUAACUCCUAUGAGAGUUUUGGAAGAUCCUCUCUUGGGACCACCAUGUAGAGCAAUGCUGGAAGAAGGUGAAGUGGAUGAUAGGUUUUUGAUUAUAUUGUUCUUGACCAUGGAGCGUCUUCGUAGUAAAUCGUCGUGGAAACCGUACCUUGAUAUGAUUCCUAACUCCUUUGGAAGUCCACUUUGGUUUACUCAUGACGAGUUUCAAGAAUUGAAGGGAACUACUCUUUAUCGGGCAAGCACGUUGCAAAAGAAGAGUUUGCAAGCAGUCUUUGAGGAUAAAGUGAAAGAUCUGGUAGAGAGACUUCUAAUUAUGGAUGGAGACUCAGAAAGGGAGGUUACUUUCGAAGACUUUCUGUGGUAUGCGACCAUGGCUAAUUCUGUCUUCUGGACUCGUGCGUUGAACAUUCCGCUUCCACGAACUUACAUAUUUCCUGAAGGAUCACAGGUUCCUGGAGCCAAUAACGUUACUAAUGGGGUAAAUUUGAGCUCAAAGGAAGGAGAGACUCUGUGGGUUGAGGGACUUGUUCCAGGAAUUGACUUCUGCAACCAUGCUUUAAGAGCUGCAGCAACAUGGGAAGUUGAUAGCACCGGGUCUGCCUCCGGAGUGCCCCUCUCAAUGUAUCUUCUUUCUGUAAAUGAAGGUCCUUUUGAAGUUGAAAAAGAGAUAACCAUCAGCUAUGGUAACAAAGGGAAUGAGGAGCUGCUUUACCUCUAUGGAUUUGUUAUUGAAGAUAAUUCAGAUGAUUAUCUGAUGGUGCACUAUCCAGCAGAGGCUCUUCAAAAUGUUCCAUUUUCAGACUCCAAAAAACAACUUCUUCAAGCACAGAAGGCUGAAUUAAGGUGUCUUCUACCAAAAAGUCUGCUGGAUCAUGGUUUUUUCUCCUCAUCCUCAGAAAGGAAGAACAUUAAGGAAUAUGCCAUGGAUAAAGCCACCAAUUUUAGUUGGAGUGGCCAGCGGAAAAUCCCUUCUUACGUGAAAAAACUUGUUUUCCCUGAACUUUUGACUUCCUUGCGGACUAUAGCCAUGCAGGAGAAUGAGAUUUUCAAGGUUCAAUCAUUGCUUGAAGAGCUUGUUGGAAAUGAAGGGGAGCGAGAGCCAUCAGAUGCUGAAGUUAGGUCAGCUGUAUGGGAGGCAUGCGGUGAUUCUGGAGCUUUGCAGCUUCUUGUUGAUCUGCUUAAUACGAAGUUGAUGGAUCUUGAAGAGGGCUCAGGUACAGAAGAAUAUGAUACCAAGCUACUUGAGAAGAAUUGUGUCCGAGAUAGCCCUGCCUUGUCUAUAAGUGUGGACAAAACAGAAUCUACACCUGAUGAUGAGGUGAUGAGCAAGAACAGGUGGGCGAGUAUAAUCUACCGACGUGGACAAAAGCAACUAACUCGUCUGUUUCUACGUGAGGCCGAACAUGCUUUGCAACUAUGCUUGAAGGAACGGUGAUAGAAGCCUAGAACUUCCCUCAUUCACACAACUUGAAACAAAAGAAGUCCUUGCAUUAUAUCUUAUCCUGAACUCAUUUCUAUAUAUAUAUAUAUAUAUAUAUAUAUAUAUAUCGCGUCAAGAAAGUGCACUGUAUAAAUUUACGGCUCUUCAAGUCCAGCAAGAUUUCUGAGACUCCAUCCAAUAGAGUAAGCAACAGCAGCAGCAAUGACACCAUUUGAAACAGUCAUGAGUGCAGAGAGAGUAUAGCUUGCACCAGAAAUAUUUGCCUUAGCGACUCCGAGAAGGGUGAGUGCAAAAACGGAGAGGAUACAAGCGCCGAUGAAUUUGAUGGUGUCGUCGUCAGUGAACGGAAUGAGGAUGAUGAAUGAGAGAAGUGGCGCACAUCCAAAGAGUAGAAAGGAGAUGAAAGUAACUAGCCCACUCUUCCAUGGCUUCUCCUCUUGAUCUGGUAGUAAUAACCCUUUUUGACCCAUCAUAUUUUCUUCCACCAUAAUGUUUUUGUACUUUGCAAAUAUGUCCGCCACCUGAUAAUAAUACAAGGCAGAAGUUUUAAAUCAGGACUCAGGAGGUAAAUAAAAUAGCAGCAUUAUUGACAUAAUGAUACCUAAUACCCCUUAGAGCAUUCCCAAUGGUGAUUGGUUUGAUCACCAAAUUUUCCUACUUACUCAUGUUUUGAUCAUUUUAUGAUCAAAUGUAUCACCUCCACCCCACUCAUGAACAAAAAAACCAUCAAACUUCACUUUAUCUCUCCUACUUUUCACUACCCCACCUCAACUUUCUCUCUCCUAUUUGUCUUUCCUACUUCAAUAAAAUAUAUAAUUACAUAUUAUAAAUAAAAAUGAAUCAUCUUAUGAUUACUUAAAAAUAAUUAAUUACCAAAAUUAAUUAUCAUUAUUGGAUUAUUAGUAAAAUAAUAAUUAAUUACAAAAAAAAGAAGGUAAAUAUAUUUAUUAGAAAAUAUGAUUUUUUUCCCUCUUUUUAAGUGAGGAGGAGAAGGUAAAAAAUUAUAGAGAAAAAUGAUGUAUAAAUAUUUUUAGAGAGAGAAGGUGAGGAGGAGAAGUGUUUUUUUUUGUUCUGAAAUAUAUCAAUAUGGGUAUCAUUUUAUAGAGGGGAAAAAAAUUUGAAUUUUGGUAUUUUUUUUUUUUUUGAAAUACGAAUUUUCUGGGAAAUUUCGUGGAAAUUUCCACGAAAUUUCCCAAAAAGAACACAGCAGCAGCCACGUGGAAGCUUGCCACUGGCUGGUUGUGUGUGACUAAGCUCAUUUUGUCUUCCAUUCACACGGUUCAUUUGCUGAUGGAUUUGUUCACAUGGUGAUGGAUGACAAAACAUGUCAUUUGGUGAUGGGUUUUCUAUCACCAAUGGGAUGCAUGUUUUUUUUGUUCAGCCCAAAUUUUUUGAUUUUGGUGAUGAGUUAUGUCACCAUUGGGAGUGCUCUUAUGGAGAUCUAUACCCAUAAAAUAUAAAUACUUUUUCUAUGUACUUCCUUCGGUUUCUAAAGAUCUUCCUUGUUACUGUUCCUACAGAUACCAAGAAGGAUCUAUGUGGGUGGGGUGUGGGGUGGUAAAAUAGGAGAGAGAAAGUGGUUAAGAUAGAUUAACAAAUAAAAGGGGUUAGAGUAAGAGAGAGAAAGGGAGUAAAAUUGAAUUAAUAAUGUAAUGGUAGACCAUAUGAAUAUAUGAUAGGGACAUGAGAGGUUAAAAAGGAAAAAAAAAAUCCAAAUAAGGAAUAAAGUAAGAGAAAAAUCUCUUGGAAACACACUUACAGCUUGUUUGGUAAAAAAGAUUUGGAAGGAAAUUUGUUACUUUCCAAUGUUUGGUUCAUUAAAAAAAAUUAAGUGAAAGGAAAUGGGAGGAAUUGGAAAAAAAGACUCUUUUAAUAAAAUUUCACUUCCCUUUCCUCCCAAAAGUGGGGGAAUUUGGGAGGUAAGAAAAAAUUUAUACCAAACAUGGAAAGUUAAGGUUUUUUUACUUUCCCUUCCAUUCUUUUCUUUUCUCUUCCCUUCCUUUCUCUUCUUUUCCUUUCCUUUACUAAAAAUGAACCAAACAACGAAAAGAGGAAUGAUCUUACAGGAAUGGAGGGAGUAAUUUGUUAACUUAAAACCAUAUUUAAUUAGGCUAGUUUAUAAAGUCAUCUUGGUAACUACUAACUAGCUCCUAUUUUCUCUGUUCUCCAUAAUCCAAAGGGACGUGACAAUUCACAAAGGGGAAGAAACGAUGAAACACAAGAUUUUCUACUCUUAAAUCUAAUGUUUAACCUAGUUACACUUAUUCAACACGAAUGCAUGAUGAAAAACUUAGAUAAAUUCCGGUUACAUAUUCUUUUUUAUCAUGUAUUAAUAAUUGUAGUAAUUUUUAACCAAUGUGCUGUAUGGUUCUUUUCGUUUUCUUUAAUAAGGUAAGGAAAAAACUUUGACAAGUUCGAGAAAUAAAGGGAUCUCAACUUAUAAGGGUGAAAAUUGAUCCAGGACCUCCUGGAACCGGAAGAGAAGUUCUAACCACUAUAUUACUCCUCACUCUCUGUACUAUUCUUUUCAUUGCACUUGAAUAGUUGAGUGUUAUUUUAAAACAUUUUGCAUUUGUGGAUUAGAAAAGAGCAUGCAUAGAUAAUGAAAAGAUAGUAUUUGCUUCCUUCUCAAAUUGUGAAUUGUGAAAGCUCUCCCAAUUUACUUUUCGCAAAUUGGUCCCAACACCACAAACUAUCAAAGUCUCCAAAACAUAUCAAAGUCUCCAAAACAUACAUUUGACCUUUUGUAAAUACUCUAGUCUCCUGUCUUUCACUAUCAUAUUUAAAAAAAUAUUGAUAAAGAAAAGAAACAAGAAGUCUAUUAAGAGACGGAGGGAGUAUUAUUACCGUAGUCGCAUCAUGUGGGUCCAUCCCAAGCUCCUGAUAGCGUUGCAUCAACUGUCUAAUCUGUGAAGUACCAUGAUGAUCAACCUCCCAUUGAGUAACAUCUUUUUCUUUAAAAGCCAUCUCUUUCUCAGUAGAACUACUCAAAUAAUCUCCAAAUCCCAUGGAAAUUCCAUCAGCCACUAGAUUUGCAAAUCCCAAUACAAGAACAUCAACGGAUGACAUUCUGCCACCACUUGAUGAAAUUGAUGAUAUAAGUGAAAAGCAUGUAACAAUAGCAUCUAAACCUCCAUACACAAUACUCUUUGCAUUCUCUCCCUUCCAUGUUGGGCUUUUGGGCUUGGGCCUAAUCUCUUGAUUUUGGGCUGAUCUUCCUCUUUCUUCAUCGUCUUCUUCUGCUCUUGAUCUUCUUCUAAACAUUGGGCUCUCGUCUUCAAUUUCUGGGUUUAAGAGGCUUCUUUUGUCAAUACUAGUGUAACUAUUGUUGUUGUUGUUUUCUCUGUAAUUUCCAGACAUUUUUCUUUUGUGAAAGAUUUUACAGUUUUAUUAUUCUUUGGCUUUCUUCA